UAAAAUCUCAGGAGUAGAAUAUGUUCUGAGAUUUGAGAACAAAAUAUUUUUUAAUUAAUAAUAAUAACUUUUAUUUGUUGAGUAUUACAUGGAAACUAUAGAAGUAAAAACAGAACCAUAUAGCGAUCAAAAGCCUGGUAGUUCAGGUUUAAGGAAAAAAGUUACUGUCUUUAAGCAAGCAAAUUACACGGAGAAUUUCAUCCAAUCUAUCUUGGAUUCAAUACCGACUCAUGAUAGAGAAGGUUGUGAAAUUAUCGUCGGCGGGGAUGGUCGCUAUUUCAUGAAAGAGGCUAUUCUAAUAAUUGCAAGAAUUGCUGCUGCAAAUGGAGUGGCUUCAAUAGUUGUUGGUCAGAAUGGGAUAUUUUCUACUCCAGCUGUGUCUUGUAUAAUAAGAAAAAGAUCGGCUAGGGUUGGAAUUAUUUUAUCUGCAAGUCAUAAUCCUGGUGGACUUGAUGGAGAUUUUGGCAUAAAGGUUAAUACACAAAAUGGUGCCCCAGCUCCAGAAUCAAUAACCAAUAAGAUUUUCCAACUGUCCAAAGAAAUAAAGAGCUAUCAAAUUUGUGCAGAUAUAACAGUAGAUCUUACUCGCAUCGGGAAACAAGAAUGGUCAAUUCAUAAUGGAAAGAAAUUUACUGUAGAAGUUGUUGACUGUGUACAAGAUUAUUCUGAUUUAAUGAAAGAAGUAUUUGAUUUUGAAAAAUUAAGGAAAUUUCUAACAGUGGAAAAUGCUCCUAAGAUUCUCUUGAAUGCCAUGCAUGGAGUAACUGGUCCAUAUAUAAAAAGAAUCUUUGUGGAUGAACUUUGUGCUCCAGAAACCUCAAUAAUUAACUAUGUUCCAAAAGAGGAUUUUGGAGGUCAUCAUCCUGAUCCCAAUUUAACAUAUGCAGCUGACCUUGUUGAAAUACUCAAAAAAGGAGAACAUGAUCUUGGAGCCGCUUUUGAUGGUGAUGGGGAUAGGAAUAUGAUUCUUGGUAAAAAUGGCUUUUUUGUCACUCCAUCAGACUCCUUAGCUGUAAUUACAUCCCAUAUGAACUGUAUUCCACAUUUUGUCAAACAACCAGUAAGUGGUGUUGCUCGAAGUAUGCCCACAUCAACUGCAGUUGAUAAGGUUGCUCAAUGUAAAGGAUUGAACCUUUAUGAGGUUCCAACUGGCUGGAAAUUUUUUGGUAAUUUAUUGGAUGCAAACAAAAUUUCCCUUUGUGGUGAGGAAAGUUUUGGUACUGGAUCAAAUCAUGUAAGAGAGAAAGAUGGAAUUUGGGCAUGUCUAGCUUGGUUGUCAGUCAUGGCCGAGCGCAAAAUUUCAGUAGAAGAUAUAAUAAAAGAGCACUGGGUUAAAUAUGGUAGAAACUUUUAUACAAGAUAUGAUUAUGAAACUGUUGAAACAGAAGCUGCAAACAAGAUCAUAACAAAGCUUCGUCAUAUGGUCAAUGAAAGCAGUUUUGUUGGUGCCAAAUUUUCUAGCAGUGACAAAAUGUAUGAAGUUAAAUUUGGAGAUGAUUUUUACUAUGAAGAUCCAAUAGAUGGAAGUAUUGCAAAGCAGCAGGGUGUCCGUGUAGUCUUCAUUGACGGGUCCCGACUAGUGUAUCGCCUCAGUGGAACAGGAAGUACUGGAGCCACAAUACGAAUCUAUGUUGAAAGUUAUGAAUCCAAUCCAGAUACAUACUCAAUGGAUGCACAGAUUGUAUUGAAUCCACUGGUUCAAAUUGCACUUGAAAUAUCUUCUAUCAAAGAAAUAACUGGAAGAAAUGCCCCUACUGUGAUAACUUGACAAGCAAAUAAAAUCAAUAAUUAUUUCUAUAAAAAAUGAUUACGUUUCUUAUUGUAGAAUCAAUAAAAAGUUCAUUUUAUACGAGGAAUUUUAA